UUGGUCUUCGGGGUUGGGGUGAUUUUAACGGUUUUUGGGAAAUUCCGCAAAGAGCUGUGAGCAAAUGCCAAUCAGAAGGGCAAAGUUAGAGGAAGCUUAUAGUGUGCAGCAGGAAGAACGGAGUAUAGACAUUAGGCUGAAUUGAUUCUCAAUGGUGGGGAAGAACUAGACUCGAGUGGUUUAACAGAAGCAACAACCUCUGUGGCCAGUCUUCUCUGAAGGUUUCUAACCUAAGAAGUGUUUUUAUCCAACGUGUGUAAGGAGACAGGGGAAUGUCUACAUGAUUUCCAGAAUUCUCAUAGUCUAGCCAUUGUCAGAAAGUCCUAAUCUAAAAUGGCAACCAGGAAUGAUUCCCCCACUUAUUCCUCGUUCAUUUUUAAGUCCAGACCCAGUCGCUGAGAGACUGCCAGGUGCGAUGAAAGCCUUCCACGCUUUCUGUGUUGUCCUUCUGGUGUUUGGGAGUGUCUCUGAAGCCAAGUUUGAUGAUUUUGAGGAUGAGGAAGACAUAGUAGAGUAUGAUGAUAAUGACUUUGCUGAAUUUGAGGAUGUCACAGAAGAUUCUGUUACUGAAUCUCCUCAACGGGUGAUAACCACUGAAGAUGAUGAAGACGAGACCACUGUGGAGUUAGAAGGGCAGGAUGAAAACCAAGAAGGAGAUUUUGAAGAUGCAGAUACCCAGGAGGGAGAUACCGAGAGUGAGCCAUAUGAUGAUGAAGAAUUUGAAGGUUAUGAAGACAAACCAGAUACUUCUUCUAGCAAAAAUAAAGACCCAAUAACAAUUGUUGAUGUUCCUGCACACCUCCAGAACAGUUGGGAGAGUUACUAUCUAGAAAUUUUGAUGGUGACUGGUCUGCUUGCCUACAUCAUGAAUUAUAUUAUUGGAAAGAAUAAAAACAGUCGCCUUGCUCAGGCCUGGUUUAACACUCAUAGAGAGCUUUUGGAGAGCAACUUUACUUUAGUAGGGGAUGAUGGAACUAACAAAGAAGCCACAAGUACAGGAAAGCUAAACCAGGAGAAUGAGCAUAUCUACAACCUGUGGUGUUCUGGUCGAGUGUGUUGUGAGGGAAUGCUUAUCCAGCUGAGGUUCCUUAAGAGACAAGACUUACUGAAUGUCCUAGCCCGGAUGAUGAGGCCAGUGUGUGAUCAAGUGCAAAUAAAAGUGACCAUGAAUGAUGAAGACAUGGACACCUAUGUGUUUGCUGUUGGCACUCGGAAAGCCUUGGUGCGACUGCAGAAAGAGAUGCAGGAUCUGAGUGAGUUUUGUAGUGACAAACCUAAGUCUGGAGCAAAGUACGGACUUCCAGACUCCUUGGCCAUCCUGUCAGAGAUGGGAGAAGUCACAGAGGGAAUGAUGGAUACAAAGAUGGUUCACUUUCUUACACACUAUGCUGACAAGAUUGAAUCCAUUCAUUUCUCAGACCAGUUCUCUGGUCCAAAAAUUAUGCAAGAGGAAGGUCAGCCUUUAAAGCUACCUGACACUAAGAGGACACUAUUGUUUACAUUUAAUGUGCCUGGCUCAGGUAACACUUACCCAAAGGAUAUGGAGGCUUUGCUACCCCUGAUGAACAUGGUGAUUUAUUCUAUUGAUAAAGCCAAAAAGUUCCGACUCAACAGAGAAGGCAAACAAAAAGCAGAUAAGAACCGAGCUCGAGUAGAAGAGAACUUCUUGAAGCUGACGCACGUGCAAAGACAGGAAGCUGCACAGUCUCGGCGUGAGGAGAAGAAAAGAGCAGAGAAGGAGCGAAUCAUGAAUGAGGAAGAUCCUGAGAAACAGCGCAGGCUGGAGGAAGCUGCCUUGAGGCGUGAGCAAAAGAAACUGGAGAAGAAGCAAAUGAAAAUGAAGCAAAUCAAAGUGAAAGCUAUGUAAAGUCAUCCCAGAGAUCUGAGUCCUGAUGCCACCUGUAAGCUCUGAAUUCACAGGAAACAAAAAAUACCAGUCCCUUUCUCAUCUUAAAGUUCAAACACUCCCAGCGACUGAGAAAUUAUUUCAUCAUCUGUUCUGUUUUUGGUUUGGAGUUUUACAGAGGUUAUAGAUACAUUGGAAGGACUCUGUUUCAGUAAUUUUCUUCCAGAUAAUCAAUUACUUUGAUUAUUUUAUAAAAGGAAUGAUAUAUGAAAUCUGUGUAAUUUUAAAAUAUUUUUUAAAUUAUAACAUGAUUCAUCAGUACUUUUAGUGCUUUGAUGUUUGAAGAAAUAUCAUGAAAUUUAUAGAUAUAUAGAUUAUUGCUUUUUGUUUAAACUAGGCAGUUGAAAUGGCUAUGAAGACUGACUCGAAACCAAGAUUCCACAAAUAACUAUUGGAAUUGCACAAUAAAAUUGCUUGGUGUUUU